AUGGUGAGAGCUCCCUUCUAUGAUAAAAAUGGGUUAAAGAAAGGUGAAUGGAGUCCCGAAGAAGAUCAUAAACUAAGAGCAUUUGUCGAGAUAUAUGGCCAAAGGAACUGGCGUCAACUUCCUAAAGCUGCUGGUCUUAAAAGGUGCGGAAAGAGUUGUAGGUUAAGAUGGAUGAAUUACCUACGGCCUGAAGUAAAACACGGGAACUUCACUGAAGAAGAAGAUGUACUGAUCAUCAAAUUACAUAAACAAUUUGGAAACAGUUGGUCCGCCAUGGCUAAAUGUUUACCUGGAAGAACGGACAACGAAAUAAAAAAUCACUGGCACUCCGAUCUAAAGAAGUGUGGAAAGCGAAAUCCGAUGACAGCUGAUCAUGUCAAAGACGACUCUAGUUGUCCAAAUGAAGCCCCCCAGAAUUCUGAAGGUCAAAGUGGAGCUGAUAGCAUCCUUGUUGUUACUCCGGCCAACAUGAUCUUGGAGAGUUCAACUUUGUCUCCAGCAACAUCUUCAACUACCGAGUUGUCCUCCUUUGUUAAAGAUACUUAUCUUCCUCUGUGGAAUAAUCCCUUUGUUGCAGACAAUAUCUUCAACCAGGAUGGUUAUCCAUCAUCCAUGGAAAAUUAUGGAUUUGAGCUGCCAUUGCCUUUUGACGACAUGUAUUAUGAUGAUUGGGCAUACUUUCUCUAUGACUUGAUGCAAGUAUAA